AUGCAUACACUUCAAGCCGUCGCCUCCUCGUCCCUGGGUCUGCCGGCUGAUAAUUAUAUUUACAGCAUCGCGGCUUCUGCGGGAUGCUUCGCUGCUAUCUCGUCCGAUGAUUCACUGCGCGUCUUCGACGCUUCGAAUCUCGAUAGCGUAUCUGUGAUCUCGAACAAGACUCAUGAUGGCGUCUCUUCACUGCGCAGCUAUACCGCUGGUGAAUCCCAGCUGCUGGUCACUGGAGGCCGCGAGGGAAAGGUGAAGGUAUGGGAUGUUCGGUCCGGCAACGCGGUGGUCGAGUUGGAAACGGCGAGAAACGCUCCUGUGCUUUCUGUGGCUUGUAAUCCGGAGACAAACUCGAUUGUUGCGGGUACGGAGCUCGUGUCUUCACAGGCUGUUGUUGCAUUUUGGGAUAUCAGAUCACCCCAAGCACCCCGUCUCCAAUAUGUGGAGAGUCACAAUGACGAUAUUACAGAGCUUCAAUAUCACCCGACCCGCAGCAACAUCUUACUAUCUGGUAGCACAGAUGGCCUUGUCAACAUCUACGACACAACAGUAACAGACGAAGACGAAGCUCUUGUCCAAGUCAUCAACCACGGCUCAGUCCACCAUGCUGGCUUCCUAUCCGAGCGCACUAUAUUUGCGUUGAGCCACGACGAGCAUUUCUCCGUGCACCCAGCCACAGACCCGGACGAUGCUACGCAGGGGCCUGAGCCCGUGCAUUUCGAUGAUGUGCGCGAGCCACUGGGCUGUGAGUAUGUUGCUCAGCUCUGCAUCGGCAGUCAAGGGCCAUAUAUCGCGGCCGGAAACAAGAUUGAUCAGCGUUUGGAUCUAGUUCCGCUUGUUUCUAGCCCCUCGUGGCAGUUUGACAAGGACAAUCUCUGGCGUCUUCCUGGUGCCCAUGGCGAGGAGGUUGUGCGCUCUAUCUACUUGGAUGAACAGAGUCAAUCGGUUUUCACUGGCGGUGAGGAUGGGUACGUGCGCGCAUGGAAACCCGCAGGUGGCGAGGAGUCCCAAGGUCAGGCCGGAUCUGGGAAGACAUCGCGGAAGGAUAAGAAGCAGAAGGAUCGUUUCAAGCCGUACUAA